AUGCGCUUUCUAGUGGCGCUGCUGGGGCUCCUGUGCCUGGUUGUGGGCGCGUCAGUCGCGGAGACGAUCCCUAGCGCAAGCGGCAAGCCAGCCGUCCACGAACUGGACGAUCUGAAUUUCGACGACCUCACAGUGGACGGUCCUUGGCUCAUCGUGGUGUAUGCCCACUGGUGCCAGCACUGCCGCAACCUCCUGCCGGUCCUCGACGCUCUCCCGGAACCCCUCAAGCAGCACAACGUCUCCGUCGGGAAAAUCGACGGCGACGUCAACCGGAUCCUUGCGCGGCGGUUCCACGUCGAGGCGCUGCCGUCGAUCUUCCUCAUCAAGAACGGCAACACCUGGGAGUACAAGGGCUCGAGGUCCCCCCGGGCUCUCACGGAGUGGGCCUCGCACCUACAUGCCGAGGUGGAGCCGUGGCCGCUGCUCAAGUCGCCCGUGUCGUUCAUCGGGCGCCUGCGGGGCCGCGGCGCCAGGCUGCCGCUGCAGUUCAAGGAGGGAUACCAUGCGGCGAAGGCACAAGGCUACAGUGACCUGACGAUGGUCGCAGCGGUGCUGGCGGUGCCCGUACUGGUGGGGUUGGGGCUGCUGGUGACGCUGGACGUGGUGGCGGCGCGGAGGGCGCGGAAGCACGCGGAGCAGGAGCGGCUCGCGGCUGCGAAGCGCGAGUGA